CGACCGCUGCCGUGCGUAAUAAUAACAGUGCAUAAUAUUGCCAAUAUGUGAUUCCACUCGCCACUGCAGUGUGGUGGUCGGCCGUCGCCGCGUUCGCUAUUCGGCUCUAUUGUCGUCGUCGUACCUAAUAUUAUAUAUUAUUAAUUUUCCUUUCCUAUUACGUAUUAUUCCUCGUAACUGCCGUUCUCAUUUAUUAUUCACGAAUUCAGGAUAGUAGUUAUACCUUUACGGCGUGGUUCGGUAUAUUUUGUUAUUCAUGUAUGCGGUACCUAACGAAUCGAUGAGUGGAGCCCUCAUAAAUCGUGCGCGCUACUCGUUGUAGUAACACGCGACCAGAAAGGUCGUAAAAACGGAUAUUUUCAAGAAAAAUCCUGAUCCAAUGUAAAACGCUAUAACCAACCAUGGUCGUAAAAAAAGAGUACAACAUUGAUUGGGUUUUGCCAAAACUCAGGAAUCGACGGUUAUUUUGGAACGUCGCGUCUUGCAUCACAUUAGCUGCCGUCGGUAUAUUCAGCAAGAUUUUCAUCAAAUGGUUCAACAAGGCAAAAGUAUACAAUCUCGUCUCGUUCGAUAAAGCGAUCAAUCGACCUAAGCACGUACCUCUCAUCACAGUAUCUAACCAUGAUUCUUGUUUUGAUGAUCCUGGUAUUUGGGCUGCACUUGGUUGGAAGAAUUUAAUAAUGUCAAAUAAAAUGCGCUGGGCAUUGGCCGCCAAUGACAUAUGCUUUACAAAUCCAUUCUGUGCACAUUUUUUUAUGCUUGGUCAAUGUGUGCCAACGAUUCGAGGUGCUGGAGUAUAUCAGGAGGCAGUUAAGUUUGGUGUAGAACUGUUGUCUAAGGGUAAAUGGCUGCAUAUUUUCCCUGAGGGGCGUGUUAAUAUGAGCAAAACCUACAUACGCCUUAAAUGGGGAGUUGGUCAAAUGAUAUAUGAAUCCCCUGUUUUGCCUAUUGUUGUACCUAUUUGUCAUGUAGGAAUGGAAACUAUAUUGCCUAAUGAACCACCAUAUUAUUUACGAACUGGUCGUAAAGUAACAUUUAAUUUUGGUGAGCCUAUUGAUUUAAAUGGACUAGUAUCGAAAUUAAAAGAAUCCAAUGUGACUGAAGAGGAAGCCCGUAGAUUAAUUACUGAAAAAAUUGAAGAAGAAUUAUAUAAAUUGCAAAAAGACACAAUAUUGUUACACAACAAGUUAAAUUCUUGACAGUCUGGCUUGCAAUGAUUGAAAUAUAAAUACUUUAGAGUAGAGUUUCAAGAAAUGCAUUUUGCAAGGAAUGUCUUCAAAAGCUUAAAAAAAAAAACAGAAAUACUUAACAGUGUUAUGUAUGAAUAUUAACAAAUUAUGUCUGUUUAGAUAAUUUACAGAUAAUUCAUAAAACUUUAUGUUUUAGUAUUGUUAAUAAGUAGUUUAUUGAAUAUCACAUAUUUUUAUGUAUAAACUUAAUUGUAUAACCAUAAUCAUUUGGUCCUCAAUUAUAUAUAUUAUAUAUAUAUUAUUUUUUCAAUAAAUAUUUUUCAUAAAUGUAUCUAUUAAAUAUUUUAAAUUAAAAAUGUAUCCAUAUUUGACAUUUCAGUCAAUAACCUCCGUCCAAUCAAGUAUACGUGAAUGAUAUUUAUUCAAAAUAAUUUAUACUUAAUUACAUGAAAGUCAUUUAACUAUAUUUUAAUAUAAAAUUUACUUAGUACUUAUUUUGAAUGGGUACUUUGAUCAUGGUUGUUUCAAUAAUAAGCAUGAUUAGUCAAUUUCUUAAUACCUACUUCUGGGAAUGUAAAAAAAAAUUUUUUUAAGACAUACUUUGCCAUUAAAACAGGUAUGAGACUUGUUUUUAAUUUGUUUUCUUUUAGCUGUUAUAUAAAUUCAUUGUAACUCUUGCCAAUAUUUUGUGUACCAAAUGCAAAUUAUAUUGUGUUUGUAUUAUUAUUUAUUUUUAUUCAGUUUAAUUAUAAUACUUAUGUAUUUUUCUACUCAAGAUCAUUUAUAAUCAUUGUUAUACUUAAAGUUAUUAUAGUAUAUUGUAUAUUACAACAUAAUAUUAAUACAUUUUUAAGUAUAAGUUUUUUUUUUUUUUACUUAUUAUUGACUUAAGAAUUGAGCUUAGUGUCAAAUCUAUUUGUGUUACACGGUAUUAUUUUAAAUCAACAAUGUGGUCAUUGGUUACCAAUUUCGGGACACAUUGUAAUUUAAUAAAAUAUAUUAUCACCUAAUUUAAAACCAAUUAUAAUAUUAUGUAUUUACUUAAUAUAAUAUUAUAAUUGUAAUAAUUUUUUUUACAAAUUUGUUAUUUAAAAUGUUAAAAUUACUUAAAUUAAUAAUAAUGCUACCUACAUUUUUAGAUGUUUUGUUAACAAAUGCUAAAAUGCUAGUUGUAUUAAAUUAUCAUUUAUUAAUUUUAAUUUACAUGGUUGUAUAAAAAUUAUUAAUAUUUAGGUAUCAAUUGUGUAUAAUAUAUUAAACUGUAAAAUAUUGAAUUGCAGUUAACAAUAUUUUAAGUGUGCAUAUAAAAACUUAUGAUUACAGGAGGUCAAUAAUUAAUUACUAUUCAUUUGGUUGUGGACUGGAAUAUUUUGCUCAACUUCAAUUUUUUAAUUGUGCUUUUUAUUAAAUUCUACAUUUACGCACAACCUAAAAUACAUUGCCAUAUAUUUGUUCAAAUAAAUCUUAAUUUAUUUAUUACUAAAAAAACCCUAUUUAAAUUUAAGUAUAAUAUUUUCUUCAAUUAAUAAAAUGUUAAGGUGUUGUAGUAUAAUCAUUACAUACCUAAAAUAUAUAUUUUAACUAUACUUUAUUUUUCUUAUACUGUAUCAAAGAAUAUUGUGUUUGGAUUAUUCUUCAAUUCUUAAAAAUAUUUUUUCUGCAAUAUUGACUAAGUAAUUGAGCAACGAAAAUAAUUAUGUGCAUACAUUAUAGGUAUUGUAUAAUUAGAAUAUAGUUAUGUGAUUUUUAUGAUUUGUUAUUUUAAUAAAAUACUAACUUACUUCUUAA